GUUUAGUCGGUCGAUAAUUAUCUUUAAAGCUUCGAUCUUGCCUUUGAAUAUACCAAAAAAAAGAAAGAAAAAAAGCCACGUCGUUUUCCCCAGAUGAAAGAUUGACAGAAUCUCACUAAAGAUCGGAGCUUUCUCAAAAGGUGUGAUCAUGAGAGCGAGAUUGGUGGUGUUCCCGAUCAAAGGGAGGAAGUGGUGUUUUAGCAGAUCCGUUGAUCCUUUCGCUUCUCAGACUCCGUCCGGUGUCACUCCGACUACUGUGCGAGGUUUAUGGAAGAAGUUGUCAUCUGAGUCGAAGCCCAUCAAUGCCAACGCAGAGCUUCUUGUCGAUUUCAUCUCUGACAAGAUGAACAAAGCGUGGACGGGUCUUGAGAAAGCGCCUGAAGGAUCAGUUAAGAACAAGAUUCAUGGGUUAGGACUGAAGCUUCUGGCUCGUGUUAAGCCGUCUGAGAUUUUCUUGAAGUCUAUAUCUAAGGAGGUCACUUCCAUCCAAGUCUCUUAUCCUCCUAGUUUAGAUCCUAGACUUGUACGCAGGAGACUGCGCCAUAUUGCUGUGAGUGGAACAAUCCUGCACAAGAAGUACCUGAUUGGCUCAGUUACUUUGCUUCCAUUGACAAGUGCAUUUAUGGUAUUGCCAUUACCAAACAUACCAUUCUUCUGGGUUUUAUUCCGUACAUAUUCCCACUGGCGAGCUCUUCAGGGAAGCGAGCAGCUGCUUAAGCUCCUCCCAAACCAAACUGAUGAUGCAGAUGAAAGCAAUAACAACAACAAGAAGCCUCAAUCUCCCACAUGUGUAAGCUGUUUUACUCAACAAGAAUAACUCAAAUGCUUUUUUCUUUUUUCUUAUUUUUGUCUUUGUUUUUCAUGAAACAGGUUUGGCUGCCAUCAGAAGAGUUUAACCAGCUACUUCGUGAAGCCAACGAGGAAGGGCUUGAUGAGGAGACCAUAGUAGAGAUUUGCAAAUUAUUUCAUCUCAAUAAGAUCGAUGUUCUUAAAUAUCGCAAUCUUGUCUAACUCUUUAUGUCAUUUUAGGCUCUUUUGUUUUUUUUGUUUUUUGUUUGGUGCAAUUUUUUAGAUGUUUGAAGCCAACUUGCGUUCUAAUUCCUUUCCGUGAUUUUGUUCCUCAACACUUAAAAAAGAAAAUCUUUGUUACUUGGAAAUAGUUAAAAUUUUUAAGUUUGCA